ACAUCUCUCAUUCCUCUGCAGAUGAUUCUCUGUCUCUUCCUCUGAUUUCUCAAUCCUCUGUUUUCUCCGUCUCCUCUGUUUUCUCCGUCUCCUCUGUUUUUUUUGUUUCACAUCAAUGGAGGCGUCAUUGUUGAUGAGAUCGUCUUGUUGUUCCUCUGCGAUUGGUGGGUUCUUCGACCAUCGACGUGAAUUAUCAACCUCCACACCCAUUUCCACUCUUCUUCCUUCUCCUUCAUCUAAAUCUUCCUUCGCUAUUCGCUGUUCUCUUCCUCAGCCAUCAAAGCCACGCUCUGGAACCAGCUCUGUUAACGCCGUUAUGACACUUGCUGGAUCGUUGACAGGGAAGAAACGAGUAGAUGAAAGUGAGAGUUUGACUCUUGAAGGUAUCAGAAACUCGUUGAUUCGUCAAGAGGAUAGCAUUAUAUUUGGGUUGUUGGAGAGAGCCAAGUACUGUUACAAUGCUGAUACUUAUGAUCCUACUGCUUUUGACAUGGAUGGUUUCAAUGGUUCUUUGGUUGAGUACAUGGUUAAAGGCACUGAGAAGCUUCAUGCUAAGGUUGGUAGGUUCAAGAGUCCUGAUGAACAUCCUUUCUUCCCUGAUGAUCUACCAGAGCCUAUGUUACCGCCUCUUCAGUAUCCAAAGGUGUUGCAUUUUGCUGCUGAUUCGAUUAACAUAAACAAGAAGAUAUGGAACAUGUACUUCAGAGACCUUGUUCCAAGACUAGUGAAGAAAGGCGAUGAUGGUAAUUAUGGAUCAACAGCGGUCUGUGACGCUAUCUGCCUUCAGUGUCUCUCAAAGAGGAUCCAUUACGGUAAAUUUGUUGCAGAGGCCAAAUUUCAAGCCUCACCCGAAGCAUAUGAGUCCGCCAUCAAAGCACAAGAUAAGGAUGCACUAAUGGAUAUGCUGACAUUCCCGACUGUGGAAGAUGCGAUUAAGAAGAGAGUUGAGAUGAAAACCCGAACAUACGGGCAAGAAGUGAAAGUUGGGAUGGAGGAGAAAGAAGAAGAAGAGGGAAAUGAAUCUCAUGUUUACAAAAUCAGUCCGAUCUUAGUCGGUGACUUGUAUGGUGAUUGGAUCAUGCCCUUAACAAAGGAGGUUCAAGUGGAAUACUUACUCAGAAGACUGGACUGAGACAAGAAAAAAAAAACAAUAAGGCUUUGGUAGUAGAGUAGAAAGGUUUUUAUUGAAUGUUUUUUGGUUUUUUUAACUUUACAAAAUCUCUGAACGUUAUUACAAUAUUAUUCCACUGUAUAAAGCUUGCAUGGCCAGUGGUAUUGAAGAAGGGUAAUUAGCCGUUACUCAAACGGUGUCGUUUAUGUACAUACUCUCAAUUGUGUAAACAAAUAAACAGAGUUUUAGUCG